AAAGGGUGGAAACUGUUACAUUUUUUGAAUGAAUCAUUCUUCAUAUAUAUUUUCUUCUUCUUCUUCUUCUUCUUCUUCUUCUUCGUUUUGAUUCUCUCUUCACUCUUCACUAUUCAUUCUUCCUUCAAUACAUUCGGAACUCGCACUCGGAGUUUUACUCUUUACGUUUCCGAGUUUAACGUACACCCAUUGUUUCUUCAAUUCCUUUAAGCUUCUUUAUAAGUUCUUGCUUCAUAUUCUCCUUUUUGGGUUGCUUGACUUUUGAAAAUGUGGCCGGACUUGGAGCUAGAGAGUGAAUGGGAAAAUAUAAAUGACCCUGCAUUUUCGGGCGAAAAGGUACUUGAGCAGGUGCAAAACGGUGGGGGUGAUGUUUAUGGCAGGGAUAGGAUCACGAUUGAACAAACUUCUCUGUGCAAUGGAAAUAAUGAUGAAGUAGUUAAUAUCACCGAGUGUAAAAAUUCUGGCAAAGCUUUGGAAGAGAAAGAUUCCCUCGACGAUGUCACUGAGAGUUCCAGCUCCUUUGGCGAUACGGGAUCAGGCUCAGAGAAUGCUGUAGCUGCUUCCUUCUGUGAUCUAGAAGUUGAAUCGAAAAUGUUUGCUGACAGUGCAUCUUCAUCAAUGUGUGAUGAUUGGCAUGAAGAAUUAUUUCGACCAAGAAAGAGAAGGACAACAGAUCAUUGGAGGAGGUUCAUAAGACCUACUAUGUGGCGCUGUAAAUGGCUUGAGUUGCAAAUGAAACUACUUGAGUCUCAAGCACACAAAUAUUAUAAAGAGCUUGAGGCACUCAAUUAUACAAAGCAGGUUGAUUAUGCACACUUAACAUUAGACAGCUCUGACAUCAAAUCAGUACCUAUUUCGGGUCGGAUGCACAAAACUAAAAUUAUGAAGAGGAAAAACAGAAAAAGAGUUGAAGAGAAUUGUGAUUUAGCAUCAUACAUGUCUAACCACACUUUAUUCUCCUAUUAUGAGAAAGCAGAUUGUAAUGUUGAUUUGAGAGAUUGUCAUGCAGCUGCCAUAGGUGGUGACAGUGGAAAUGCGGUGGAGUUCAAGUUAAAUGAUUUAGGGUCUUCUAUAGAUAUCGAUGAUAAUGAUAAAUCCUGGUAUGAGAUCAUUCAAGAGAUUGAAGCUACACAGACUCGAGUUCAAAAAUUGAAAAAUAGAUAUGACAUGAUGAUUAAGGAAAAUCAAGGAAGGUUUUGUUUUGCAAACCAAUCGAGCAUACCUGGGCCAUCUGAUGGACUUUGUCAUUCUGAUAUAAAACCUGCUCCUUUUUCCGGUGAUGCAGGGAUUAUUCCCCUUAUUAAAUCCGCUGAUAGUCCCAAACUUGACGAUCCAUUGGAUGAUGAUGAGGAUCUAUCAAAAUAUCAGGUAGCCAAGGAAGAAUUGCAAGAAUUAGAAAAUGCUGGAUAUGAACUUGUAAAGAAAACCAAGGAGAUUGCAGAGAAUAAAGCGAUUUCCGAGAUUCAAGUUUCAGAACCUUACUCCACUGAGAAUGCUGUGCAUAAUGUCAACAUGCCUUCUACAUCUAAGUCAAAUAUCUCUAGGAACAAAAGGAAAGGAAAGAAGAAAUCUAGUUCAAAGAGGUCAAGGAUAUUUGGUUAAAGUGAAUCUGAUUAGAAUUUUGUUCAAAACAGCUUAAGGAACUGAUAAUUCUGCUAACAAUUUUGAAACUUCUUCUGUGGGAAUGUGUAAAUGCUUGUUUAUUAACAUCAUGUACAAUGUGUAAAUACUGGUUUAUGUUCAAUGCUCUAAUUCAGUUGUACAUGAUGUUAAUAUAUGGUAGCAUGUUCACAUCGAAUACUAUUUCUUGUUGCAAUGAUUACGCUAUACCUUUUUUUUCCUUUGACAUGUUUCCAAAUAAUGGUUUUGCUCAUUCAAAUUUUAUUUGCAUAUUUUUAAA